UGCUAGGGCCCCAGGAGUGCCCCAGAAGGAUGCAAGGAGUUUUGCUCCAGGUCAGUUCUCAGCUAAAGGGUCCCAGGCAGAAAGGCCCUCCUAGUCUCCUUCUGGCCAUGGGGGUGAGGAGGUGAGGCUUAAAGCAAACAGGGAAUGCGGGGUGGGGGAGGGGUGAUGGCACAGCAGGGGAGGCUGAGCCUCUGUGCCCCUCCACCAAGAGACAGACAGUGUUAGAGUGUGACUUGGGGUGGGGGUUGUAUGAUGAGUUUGUGGGAUCAUGGAUGGAACUGGAACAAGAAGCCAGAAAAAAGGGCUGAUGGGUUGAUUCCAUAGGGAGGAGCCCUUCAAGGCAGAUUCUGGGUGCAGCAGCCCAGGGAAGGCUGUAGUAGGCUUCUUGCAGUGCCUGGCUUCUCCCCCUCCCCCUGGGCCUCAGCCUAGGGUAUCCCUUUGUCCCUAUUGAGCAGGCCAUCAACUGCUAGCGUAAUUUGAGCCUCAGAACCUCCCUCGCCUCAGGACCACACAGCCAAGGGUUCUGUGUGAAUCCUCUGGGUCCGCAGUUCCUACCAGGCUUCCUGUCAAUCUAGAUGUUGAGUUCCUAGCCUGGUCAUUGCUCUCUCUUCCCUUCUCCCCUCUACUCCUCAUACAUCUAUGCUUUCUUUCCCCCACGCACCAUCUCCCACUGCAGCACACCCUGUCCUCUCAGCCCAGCAGAGCCCUUCCUUCCUUCCUGACAAACUCCCUCAGGUUCUCAGAUCUGCACUGAGCAUUAAUUCCUUCUUGAGUACUGCUCCUUCUCUUUAGUAUAAUGGUUCUGAACCAAGGGCAAUUUUGUCUGUCCUCUCCCCGAGAUAUAUGGCAAUGUCUGGAGAUAUUUUUGGUUGUCAUGGCUGGGUAGGUCACAAUUGGUGCUACUGGCACCCAGCAAGUAGAGGCCAGGAUACUGCUAAAUAUUGUAUCAUGCAGAGGACAGGCACUAAAAUAAAGAAUUAUCUGGCCUAAAUAGCAUCAAGGCUGAGAACCUGUGCUCUGUCAUGUAGCUACAAGUCUAUAGGGUUAGACUUGGAAAUUGCUAGCUAUGGAGCCUUUUGACACUAAAUUUCCAGAAACAGUUCCCCUCUCUGCUCCUUAUUCUGGGGAGGGGGGUUGGGUGUUGCCAUGAAAUAGUUACAACAUUGGCAAGAAUCUACAGAAAGAAAAUAGAGGGAGACUCCCCACUACCCAAAUUUUUGCCAAUUUUUAGAGAAAGUACAGAACUAUAACUUUUGAAUGUCUUUCUUCCUCAACAAGAUAGUGCUGCUUUUCAGAAAGAGAAUAGUAACUUAUGAUUCUAGCAAUUUAUCAAAUGUGAAUUUUCAUUUGGUGGAAGUUAAAUGCAACAUGUUUUGGAGCCUUUCUUCCAAUUUUAUUUUCUUCGAUCUUAAACCUUCUAACCUUCUACUGUGUAGCCAAACACUAUAGAGGUAACUCUGUCCAGAAAAACUAAAUGUCUUUGUUUUAGUUUUUUCUUAACAGUGUGCUUAUUUCUCAGAAACUGGCCCAAAGACUGGCUUGUUUCCUUAAACUGAGCUUUUUGGGGCUCUUUCUAAUUAAAUAGUGAAAAUUCUCACCAACAGAUAUAACGGUCAGCCUAACCUCUUCCCACCCUCCCCCCCCCCAAACUCUUGCCAGUUUCUUCCAUCUGCACCCAGUUGUCUCCAGCAUGGGGGAACAGAACCACUCUCCUGGGAAUGAGCUUCAGCACUGGACACAAUCAGAAACUCCUGGAAAGAAAAUCUGGCACUCCCAGGCCUACGCCCUUGGGGCCAUUUCCAAUUUUAUGUCUACUUUUCUGACCUUUCCUAUUUACAAGGUUGUGUUCCGGCAACAGAUCCAUGCUAUGGCAGUGUCGGAGGCUCUGCGACAGCUUUGGCAUGAAGGGCCCCAGUACUUCUACCGGGGAAUCUACCCACCUCUUCUCUCCAAGACGUUGCAAGGGACUCUACUGUUUGGGACUUACGAUAGCCUGCUGUGCUCUCUCUCCCCUGAUGGUCCACACUCCCUGGGACACCGCUGGGCUGCGGGGCUCAUGUCUGGUGUUGUGGAGGCUGUGGCACUCAGCCCCUUUGAAAGAGUACAAAAUGUGCUCCAGGAUGGUCGCAUGCAAGCUCGCUUCCCUACUACCUUCAGCAUUCUCAAGGAAUUCAACUCAUAUGGGCUUUGGGGGCGGCUGUCACUAGGCUACUAUCGUGGUUUCUGGCCCGUUCUUCUCAGGAACAGCCUGGGGAGUGGUCUGUAUUUCUCCUUCAAGGAUCCUAUCCAGGAUGGCUUGGCAAAGCAAGGGCUACCCCACUGGGUUCCUGCCUUGGUGUCUGGGAGUGUCAAUGGAACGAUCACCUGCUUAGUUCUCUAUCCUCUGAUUGUGCUGGUUGCCAAUAUGCAGUCCCAUAUUGGCUGGCAGAGCAUGCCCAGCCUGUGGGCCUCUGCCUGGGACAUGUGGGACACUCGGGGCCGAAAGGUGUUCCUGAUUUAUCGUGGAGGCUCCCUCGUCAUCCUAAGGUCCAGUGUAACAUGGGGCCUCACUACUGCUACCCAUGACUUCCUUCAGUGAGGGGAGGGAAGUCAGAAUGGGGUUUUGAAAAGAAAGAGGUGGGGAUUGUGUGGGGAUGGGGAGAAGUUAGUCUCUCAUUCUUCUAGGAGGUGGCCUCAGGGUUUUAGAAUGAGAGUUGGGAGGAUGGGUUAGGUAAAGGGUUGGGCUGUCCCAGGUAUAGGAAAGUCAGUCUGACCAUUGGCCAGUAUGGCUGGCGUCAGAUGUCUAUUGUGGGAAGUGGGAGGCAGUUUCGAUUAAGCCUCAGGCUAUCAAGUAAGUAAGGAUAACUGAGUCAUGGGCAGUCCAGUGGGUUGGGAAACUGGCCUUACUGGGUCAUGAGCAGUCUGUCAGUUUGGGAAACUGGCCUGACCCUUUGAUCUACCAUAAAAGAAAUCAUGCUGCCACCAACCUUGCCCUGCUCACAAUAGGAACUGAUAAAACUGCAAGGAACAUGGGACCCUCAGGGACUGAGGCCACAAGUCAUUUUUUAUCACCCUCUGAUCUGAGGCUGAGAUGGGGCAGGAGGCCAGGAAGGUCUUUCUGUGUCUCCUCUCUCCAAUUAAUGUCUUUAGUUCUAAAAAGGUACUUGAACCUUCUAAUCCUCGUAUUUUUUAUAUGCCCUGGAAUCCAGAGUGCUUUUUAUAUUUCCCUGGCUAUUCCUAUUCUUGGAUCUGGGUGAAGUUGGCUUGGAAUCCUUGGACAGCAGGACAUUAGGGUGAGACUUGGGUGGCCUGACCUUCCCAGUACUAGAAUCUCAAGUGUAGCUACUUUUUCUGUAACUGGGGAGGAGGCAGAGAUGGUAGCAUCAGCCUAAAGGACAGUCUUAUUGCUGCCACCAGGCUUUAUCCAGAAGCAGGAGUAGCAGCAAUCUACGGAAUCUACCUAGGGAAGGAAGAGCUGCCCUUUCCCAAAAUGAACAGGAAUGGACCCCCUGAAGUACCCAUUUGCCAUUUUUGCCUUCACCAUCAUCCCUUCAUUAGAUUUCUCUGAUUCAUUAGAGAAGAAAGCGUUGAGACAUUAUUAAGUAGUGGAUGCAGACUUGAUUCUGUGACUUAGGAGACAGGCCAACUGUGAUAAGGGAGAUAUGCAUCCCAUUUCAGCUUUCCUUUUCCUCAUGUCUAAACAAGGUUGAUGAAAACUCUACUGCACAGUAUGACACUCCUCAUUACAGCUUCCAUAUUUAGUUUUCUUAUUUUACCUCUAUAUUCCUAAAAGUAAUAUUGUAAUGAGGAAAGCAGACUUGUGUGACUGGUAAGUGGGGACGGUAGGAAAUAAGACAAGAUUCAAAAGUUAGUUCUACUACCACUUCUUCUUUUGGAACUCUGUCUUUGCUUUGCCUUUUGCUUUGCUUCUGUUCUGGAAGGAAAUUAAGGUUUCCCAGAAAGAGUUAAAACUUUGCACUAUUUGGGAAAGUGAAUAAAGGCAAGUAUAAGGCAUAGAAAUGCAAUUUUAGUGGAUAUUUGAAAGACAAGGAUUUUCCUUUAUGCUUUAUAUUUUUAUCCCUACCUGACCCCUCCAGAAUUUGGCAUUCUGAAGGAGUGAUGACAUAAGGUUUCUUUGCAUAAAACCAACAAGACCAGUUUCCAAUGUUGGUUUUGUCAACCAAGAGUUUGCCUGGAAUGUCAUGCUUGAAGGAAGCAUACCUGUGCUCUGGUUGUUACCAGAAAGCCUUGAGGAACUGGGAUUAACUUUUAAUGCUAACAAAAGCCUACUGGAAAAAAGGUCUAGUAACUUGGUUGGUUGUGUGGUUCAUAGCAAUCUUUCCAGAGAAGGACCAAAGGUUGCUUUCCUGAAGGAUGGCUAGGAGUAACCUUAAGGCACAAUGGAAACUUCAAGGACUUAAAAGAAGCAGG